AUGACGUCCAACUUCUUUUCAAGGCUCGCUCCUGCAAGCCAGCAGAGGUCUUUCUAUGAAGAACUGCGCUCUCGCCACGAUGAUGUCGACAUCGAGGACCGCGCUGGCUUCGCUCUGGACGACGAGAACCUAAACCAUAGCUUCCAGGAAGAUGACUUGGAUCCCGACACCCUCGCCAUCGAACACAGCAGGAUGACUCAAGCCAGUGAUGCUCGCCCGGAUCGCCGGCGCAACAAGAGACCUGCCUCCCGAGAACACGAGACUGCGUGGCCACAUCCAGAUGACGAAGGGGACAACGAUGUCCCCGCUUCACUCCUGGUCGAGAACAAUGCCCCAGAUCCUGCGAGUCGGGCUACCCGGCAGUCGAGAACAACGACGCCCCCACGGCCCCAUGGCGUCCCCGGGCCUUCGACCAGGAGGAAUCGUGCCCAGUGGGAGGCGACUCAAUAUCAGCAGAGGCUACAUCACAACGAGAACUCCUCAGCGGCCCUUCCGUACACUAGAGCUCGCUCAAACCGAGUUGUGGGCAGCGUUGUUACUGGGACGGCCGAGCAGAAGGCUAUGUGGAGAUGGGUUAACGUCACAAACCUCGACAGCUUCAUGCAGGACGUCUACGAUUACUACCGGGGUAACGGCCUAUGGUGCAUUCUCCUGGAUCGUUUCCUCCAUUUGGUCGAGGUUGGUUUUAUUGUCGCGUUCCUCACCUUCUUGACACAAUGCGUCAAUUAUGCCACAAUUCCAAACAGCAAGACCAUGGACCAGAUCCUUGUACCCCAGUGUACCAAGAAAAUGUCCGGGCUUUGGAAUUUUGGCCUGUGGAUAUUCGUCUUCUACUUCAUCUGGAAAGCCAUCCAGAUUCCUCUCGACAUUCGGCGCCUUCUGCACAUCCGAGACUUUUAUUCUCACCUGCUCGAAAUCCCAGAACACGAUAUGCAGACCGUCUCGUGGCAAGACGUCGUGGUCCGCAUCAUGGGCCUCCGGGACCAGAACCCAAAGACGGCCGAUCAUCUGACCCCCCGCCAGCGGAGAUGGCUCGGGAGCCAGUCCAAGGAGAGGCUUGAUGCGCACGACAUCGCUAACCGCCUGAUGCGAAGGGAGAAUUUCCUCAUCGCUUUGAUCAACAAGGAUAUCCUAGACCUGACCAUCCCCUUGCCGUUCUUGAGUGGGCGCCAGUUUCUCUCCCGGCUCCUCGAGUGGACCUUGAAUUUUAGCAUCAUGGACUACGUCUUCGACGAACGUGGCCAAGUGAACCAAGAAUUUCUCAAGUCGGAUCGUCGAGGCCAGUUGAGCCAGAAAUUGCGGGCGAGGUUCCUCUUCGCUGGAGUCAUGACCCUCAUGAUAGCGCCGUUCAUGGCUGGCUACUUGUUCGUCAUGCAUUUUCUGACCUACUUUCACGAAUACCACAAGAACCCCUCGGCUUUGGGCACGCGAGCGUACACGCCAUUAGCCGAAUGGAAGUUCCGAGAAUUCAACGAGCUUCCCCACAUCUUCCAAGAGCGCCUAAACAUGUCAUAUCCUUUUGCGACUCGUUACUUGGACCAGUUCCCUAAGGAAAUGACGGCGCGCAUGGCGAGGACCGUUACAUUUAUCGCCGGGGCCCUUGCUACUGUUCUAAUGAUUGGGACGAUGGUGGACACCGACUCGUUCCUGAGCUUCGAGCUCACGCCUGACCGGACGGUUCUGUUCUAUCUCCCGAUAUUUGCUGGUGCGUGGGCUUUUGCCAGAGGCAUGGUCCCAGAGGAGAAUACGGUUUUUGAGCCCGAGUACGCCUUGAGGCAAGUGAUUGAGUACACUCACUACGAGCCGGACCGUUGGCAGGGGCUGGGGCUUCAUAGCUCCGCAGUCAAGGAUGAGUUUUCAUCACUGUACAAGAACAAACUGGUGAUUUUCCUGGAGGAGAUAGUUGGGAUCCUGAUCGCCCCGCUCAUCCUCUCCGUCAGCCUGCCACGGUCUAGCGAUCAGAUUGUCGACUUCUUCCGGGAGUUCACCAUCCACGUCGACGGUCUGGGGUACAUUUGCUCAUUCGCCGAGUUCGACUUCAAGAGGGGCGUCGGGAAGCCAAAGGCAGACACUGACACUCGUGAGGACUACUACGCGACAAAGCAUGGCAAGAUGGCGGCAUCAUACUACGGGUUCCUUGACAACUACGUGAUCAACCCCAGGACGGGGAUCCCGGGCCACCUUCCACCGGGGGCGCGGAACCAGUUCCAGCCGCCGCCGGCAUUCCCCAGCCUGCAGUCCCCGACGCUGGCGGCAGACAUGGCGGCAUCGCGGAUGGGCCGCAGUGAAGUUGGACGGGCCAGAAGCCGUGGACCCGGAGGACCGUCCCACGCGGGCCGGGGGCCGAGGCACGCGGGAGGGCCACCAGCGCUCUCACCGAUGGCGUCGAUCCUGCUAGACCCGCACCACCAGCCACAGGUCUCGACACUGGGCCGGAGCAUGCAUCGGCCGCGCCAGGGCAGGCACGAGCAGGACAUCAUCGAGGAGGGGUUUGAAGGCGAGAACAAUGAGGGCGAGGCGAGGCGGCGCGAGGAGGAUGAUGCGUACGAGAGUGGGCAUGGGCUGGACGAGUCUGCGUGGCAGGCGUCGCCGGCGCAAGCCCUUGGUCGCGACAAUAGCGCGACAAACGACGGCGACAGGGAAGAUGGGGUGUUUGGGAUGAUGUACCAAUUCCAACGAGAGCUGCAGCACAUGCCGGGGGGGCUGCGAUGA